UGAAGCACCUGAGGCUCUCAGGUCCAAAGCCACCAGGACAGAAUGCUGAGGAACCAGUUCUAUAGAAUCCAGGUUUACCUCCGAAACCCCACGUCUCUGCUCUGAUGUCAAAGUUACAUCGGUCUUCUGGGCGUGAAGAGAAGCAGCAGUAUAAAGGACGGAGACGCAGCAGGCACAUCUUCCUGAGAGACUUCACUGAUCUCCAUCUUCAGAGCUCCGUCUCCCUGCUGCUCCACCCGACCUCCACAAGCUCACAUGGAGCCUUUUGUACUCGUACUAACUCGGUGAAGGAGCUUCCCUCUAAGGAGUCCACUCAGGCUCCAUGUGGUGGCUUUAGAGACAACAAGGAGCCUUUUGAGAAGCAGGAUCCUCCACACUGUCCCUCACACUGUGUGCAUGGAGGGACUAAAGAGUGUUUCUCCUGUCUCUACAUGAAGAGUCUCUCCACCUGUUCCUGCCUCUUCUCCACCAUGAAGACAGGUGCUCUGCUCCUCCUGCUGGCAGUUGCUGCCAGCCAGGUGGACGUCUCCAUAUCUCAACGAGUAACAAUUGAUAUUUCUGGUGGAGUGGUGGACAUCAGCUCGUGUCCCAUCACCUUCUAUGGACGCUCAUUCUCAUGGAUGGACGUGAGGUUGAAGGAUUCUUUGGUAAUUUGUUUCAUGGACGGCGCCAACGAUCCACCUCAAGACUGUUUGACGCUGAAUCAAACGUCGGGAUCAGACGAGGUGGAAGUUGAGUUAGCUUUCCUCAGCUUUGGACCACAAACAGCUUUGUUAGUAUUUCUUCAGACUGCACUUGACUCAGAUCUUUUGCUGACUGCGAAGGUCGGGACCCUGACUGUGGAUUCAUGGACUACUAGAGACAGAUCAUCGUACUUUGAUGUGAGCUCCUGCAGGCACUCAGGUGUCCCUUUACGAUACGGUGAGAAGAUAUCGGACCCAGAGAACUGUUCCACUUUACUCUGUAGUACGUCUGCAGUCCUCAGUUCAUGUGAACCCGGAGACGUUUGCCUCGGCAACAACACGUGUAAACCCCCCCCCCCCUCUGUGUGCACUGUGACUGGUUCCACCCUCAUCAAUUUCCACGGCGAGGUCCACUCGGUGGAGGAUCGCUGUGAAUACGCUCUGAUGAAGCCUCAAGGAGGACCUGGUGUGCAACUCAUCGGGGGGUUCCGUGAGCGACGCCGUACAGAUGUGUCCUUCUUGGACUAUUUGACCAUAAGUCAGACAGCUGGAGACAUUCACCUGGAACAAGGUGGAAGAGUCCGGGUCGGUGACCAGAUCCUGGAUCUCAACACCACGGCUCAGCUGGUCCACGGCGUGGAGCUCUCCAAGGACCAGACUGGAGUGACCGCCAAGCUGCCCUCCUCCAAGAUGACGGUCGUGUUUGAUGGCAACACGGCACACGUGUCAGGACCAAAGGUCUCCUUAGAGGGUUUGUGUGGUAACCCUACUAAUGAAAGCUGGACCACCACCUUGGAUGCUGAACGGAUCUCCUCGGCUGGCUGCGACACUCUACACACCGACACCACCGACAGUUCCAUCACCUGCAGCCGCUCGGCUGACCGGUAAGAAGUGACCCUUCUAACCAGCAGACCCCCCUUCAGACAGCAUGGAGUCCUCUGCAUGGUACCUUUCUAUGUGCCACCACGCUGUCAUGUGACCAGGGAGGGUUUCAUGGGACUGUCCUCUGGUUCCUCCUCUCUGCAUGGCUGGAUCAGCUGUGAGCUCCUGAAUCAGCCCCCCUUCGAUGCUUGUCACCAACACGUGGACACGGACUCCUACGUGGCCGCCUGCAACAACACUUUGUGCAACUACCCGGCGGUGGACGGUCUCGACUGCCAGUUUCUGGAGGCCUACGCCGAGUCCUGCAGCCUGAGAGACAUCCCACUGGGCGACUGGAGGUCAACGGUCCAAUGCCCUGCUGUCCCUCGGCCCUCCUGUCUGGACCAGUACUGCAGUGAGCACGAGUUCUGUGGAGAGCGCCUCGGUGAAGCCAGCUGCUUCUGUCGGGCCUUGUUUGCCUCCAAGUUCAACCCGACCAACGCUUUAGGCGAGCCGACAGUCUGCACGCAGAACUCUGCCACUGUGACUCUGGCCGGAUGUCUGCUGCAGGACCGAGGCAUCGACUCCUCCGCCCUCCACCUCAUUGACCCCGACUGCAAAGGUCACGUGGACCAACGCACCCACAUGGUGGAGUUCAGCUUCGACAGCAGCGACACCUGUGGGGCGGAGGUUUCGAUGAACAACAGCCAAAUCCUCUACAAGAACACCAUCACGACGGGGAACGGCUCUCAGAACGGCGUCAUCACCCGCCAAGACCAAGUCCAGAUCGACUUCUCCUGCUUCUUCGCAAAGCCAGACGUCCAGAGCCUGUCCUUCAGGAUCAAAGACAGCUCUGUGGUACUGCAGAUCGUAUCCGGAGCUUGGAACUACACUCUGACGAUGGCCGCCUACACCGACGGCGGACUCCAGAACCGCGUGGAGUCGAGCACCGAGAUCCAGCUGAACCAGAAGGUGUGGCUGCAGCUGAAGACGGAGGGGCUGGACGGCGACCUGGUCGCCAUAGUGACCGACUCCUGCUGGGCCACCACCCAGCCGUCCACCGACAGCAGCCCGCGAUACGACCUCGUCAUCGCCGGAUGCCCCAACAAGGCCGACCAGACGGUGAUGGUGGAGGGAAACGGACUGGGAACCUCCAACGUCUUCUCUUUCAACGUGUUCCAGUUCUCUGGAGAAACAUCUGCAAUCUACCUGCACUGCAAAGUGGAGCUGUGCCCCAAAGAGGGCAAAAGCUGUGCUCCGACCUGCCCUGGAAGCAGUAAGAGGAGGCGCAGAUCCUCCAGGUCCAAGACUGCAGAGGGAAACCCAGCCCUCAUCACUAUGGCCUGGAGUAAUUAAAGACCGCUGCCCUUCUGACCUUUGACCUGCUGAUUCCUCAUUGAAGCUCCAACAACCAGCCUCGAACCUCACGGCUCUUCAACAGAUGUUUGAAGAUGUUGCUGCUGUGAAACAAUGCUGGCAGGUCUUCAUUUGGUCACCUGGGAUGAAGCAUUUAUUACUUCUUUAUAUAUCCAAUGAUUCUUGCUAAUUAUUAUGAGAUUUAUCAGAAUCUCUAGUGAAAUAAAUGAUAGAAAAUAUAAUGAAAAACUAAUCAAAGAGGGUUUUAAGGGUCUGGUACUUUAAAUAUAUAUUGAAUCACUUCUUUAAACGUGCACAGUCUGAAUGAUACCUGGUGGAAGCAGCAACAGAGUCUGUGUUUUAGUGACAUGAGAUGAGAAAAGUACAAGUGGAAGCAAAGAACUGUAAACUGUUAUUACACAAGGACAUGCUGUUGUACUAUUAUGUUAUUACUAUGAGCAAAAGAAAAUACCAAAAAUAUAAUAAAGGGAGAAAACCAACAUGA